AUGGCAGCCACGACGAUCGGAUGUCUGCCAACAGAGCUGCUAUUCCAUGUCCUCAGCUUCCUGGACAGGCCUGCGCCGUCGGACCUGCGCCUCCACAACCAACCCCAUGCAGAUAUGCUGAAGGAGUCGGACCCACGAUCAAGGAACCUGAAGAAUGUCUCUGUGGUCAAUAGGCAGUGGCGCGCCACGGUGCUGCCACUCCUCUUCCGCAGUGCUGUAUGGUCCCUGGAGGGUCUCGACCUGCUGCAGAGAGAGCAUCUCAAGGACUCACCUGCAGCAAUCCCCCUGCUGCUCUUCAUCCAGGACAACAGUCUGAUGUCCUAUGUGAGGAGCCUGACACUUGUCAUUGGGGCCACUCCUGCCACUCCAGAGCCCUCAUGGCCCUUUCCACGAGAUCGUGGCGGUGAGAGUGAUUUGAUUUUUAACGAGGACUACAACUGGCUUUGGAGACUUGUAUUUGACAACAUCACCCCAGCACGCCUGACUAUCAUCGCCUCCCCCCGCGUGUUGGCGUCCCUGCUGGCGAGGAGGGUAUUCCUGGGCAAUGAGUGGGGUUUCAACCAGUCUCACCACGUUUUAUCGCUGUCUAUGGAUGGCGAUGGCCCGAGGAGGAUGCCAAAGAUGCGGUCGCCACAGGAAGAGAGGGCACAAGAAGAUACGGGAAGCAACGCAGCAGAGCCGUCCUUACAGCCUGCAUUGUCCACUGCUGAAGCCUCUGGAACCCAGCCCUCCUCGACCACCACCCCCCCUCGCAUCCCCUGCAAACUCUUCACGCUCCGCCCCUGGACAAGCCUGCUCCUCAACGAGGGCUCCUCGACGCCGGUGUACAAGACAUACGAGUACUUCCACAAGCGCCCCCCCUCCGUGCUAGGCGCCCUGCUCGGCGCUGGGGCGUUCCCCAACAAUGAGCCCCUCGUGCCUACGACCGUCCGCGCCUUCAGCUACGUUGCCAUCUUCCCUCUUGCGAGCCAUGUGUGCACCACCCUCGUCCUGUGGCUGCCUCGCGUCGAGCGCCUGUUCGUCCAGCUGGUCCCACGCGGUGACCUCCUCGACGACCGGCGCGCGAUGGCCCAGAUCGAUAUGAACGACCUGUGGGCCGAGCGUAAUAUGGCGUACGCCGAAAUCAUGCCCAUGCUCUUUGUCAGGCCUGUCGACAGUGCGGGCAACUGGCCGUUCCUCCUAGAGUUUGAGAGCGGGGACGCCGACGACCGCGAGAGUUGGGAGAUGGCAGUCGACUAUGUUAAUGCUAGAGAGCAUCUCGCCGAGUGGAAAGUCGAGAGGCAAGGUUUAUUUAUAAGACAGCGUUCAUGA